GAGUCUUGCCAAGUCAUAUCGCCAUCGACUAUUGACUUGGCACAACCUUACCGAGUUUUCUUACCGAGUUACGUGCACAGUGCUAUAGGUUCAUAGUUUCGUUCUUGUUAAUUGGAUCGUUGGAAGAUAUAACAAGAUGAUAUUAAUUACGACAUUUGCGAUUAUUUCUUUUAGCAUGCUAACCACUAUGAAGGCCAUGAAUUACACUAUAACAAAAAUCUUGGACGAAACAGUGACAGUAUACGAGAACUCACUAUUCGACUUAGAAGUAAUCGGUUUUAAUAAUAACACCAAAGCCUACAUGAUAAUCAAGAAGCCCAUUACGGAGAAGGAUGAACUUCUCAUUAAUUUUGUGGCAGAAAGGUUCGACGGUGUGAAAUUUCCAUUACCCCAUAAUCCCAUGAAACUCUGCAAGUUCCUUUCCGAAGAACAAUUUAAUAAAUCGGAAUCUUACAUCCAACAAUUUCAUAUUUCAAGAGCUUUCAAUCUCGAAGAUCAAAUUUGUCCUAUAUUACCGGGUAAAAGAAAGCUGUUACCGUAUAUGUUUCCAAAAAAUAUAACACUUUUGCACGACAUAGGUUGUGGGAAUUUUUUUUACAAUGUCGACUUAUUAACCAACACAAGCGAUUCCAGUGAGUAUAGAUCUUUGAUUUCUAGCCAGACAACUGUUCAUAUAGAGGGAGACAAUUGUUCGAAUACACUAAUGUAACAUAAUCUACACAUACAAAUUUAAUAAUAAUCUGAUAUAAUUUAAUAUAUAAUAAAUAAUAUGUUAACCGUAACUAAUA